UUCGGGCGUUUUGAUUUUUUUCCCCCCCAGGAUCAUCUGAUCUUGAUCUGAUUCUACCAUUAGGACUUUAGUUUCAAUGGCCAGGGAUUACAGGUCUGUAGUCUUGAGCUUUCGUUGUCUAUGCUCCAUCAUCUUCAUCCUCUCUGGGUUUUCGAUUGCUUCGUUCCUCUGUUGGUUUCACUGCACCACCAGUACUAGUCCUUGCCAUAAGCAAACCCAAAUACUGGGCCGAUAUGAAGAUCGACCUAUCGACCUCCUCACAUUUGGUUCGGCAUGGAACUACCUUGAUUUCACCCCAGGGCGGCCUCCAAAACUCCUCAAGAUUGCCGUCUUCGUCAAGAAGUGGCCUCACAGAUCUCACGCAGGCGGACUCGAGAGGCAUGCCUUGACCCUUCACCUAGCGCUCGCCAGAAGAGGGCACGAACUCCAUGUAUUCACUACUUCUCCUCCGAACUCGUCCUUCCCGAAAUACCCCAUAAGCAGUUUGUACUUUCAUCUCUCUAAGCCAACCGCUGCCGGUUAUCUUGACCAAGCACUGGUGUGGAAGCAGUUCCAGUCUCAGAAUUCCACAGGUAGACCAUUCGAUGUGAUCCACACAGAGAGCGUCGGUCUGAUGCACACUCGGUCGCGGAACAUAACCAACCUAGCUGUGAGCUGGCAUGGAAUCGCUUACGAGACCAUACAUUCCGAUGUCAUUCAGGAACUUGUUCGUUCUUCUGAUGAGCCGCAGUCGUACUCGUUGACUGAAAGAGUGAUGAGGGUGGUCGAAGAGGUGAAGUUCUUUCCGAGUUAUGCUCACCACGUCUCCACCAGUGAUCAUGCUGGAGAUGUACUGAAAAGAGUUUACAUGAUCCCUGAGGAACGAGUCCACGUGAUCCUCAACGGUGUGGAUGAGAAUGUUUUCAGGCCAGAUGUCAUCGGCGGUGGGGAUUUUAGAUCAAACUUUGGCAUUCCGGAUUCUAAAAAACUGGUCAUAGGGUUGGCAGGGAGGCUGGUUAAAGAUAAAGGACACCCGAUAAUGUUCGAAGCCCUAAAGCAGAUACUCAAGGAAAACAAAAAGUUCAGAGAAGGCGUCCUGGUUCUUGUCGCUGGAGACGGUCCCUGGAGGACCAGAUAUAGAGAUCUAGGUUCCAACGUUCUGGUCUUGGGGCCGCUAGAACAGGCUCAAAUUGCAAGAUUCUAUAACGUGAUUGAUAUCUUUGCGAACCCAACUCUACGAGCUCAAGGAUUGGAUCAUACUCUGUUAGAAGCAAUGCUUUCCGGUAAGCCAGUCCUUGCCACGAGGCUUGCCAGUAUAACUGGGUCUGUCGUUGUUAAUGCAGAUGUGGGAUACACAUUUCCGCCCACGGUGGAUUCGCUAAAGAAAGCUCUCUACAAAGUUUGGGGUGAUGGCAGAAUCAUUUUGGAGAGAAAAGGGCAAGUUGCACGGAAUAGAGGCCUGCAUUUGUUUGCUGCCACCAAGAUGGCUGCUGCCUAUGAAAGGUUGUUUUUGUGUAUGUCGAGCGAUUUGGCAAAAGGAGAAACUUUUUGUAAAUACGAUGAUCCACUUCCCUAA